AUGCCUUUUGGUUUGACUAAUGCACUAGCUGCUUUCAUAGACAUGAUGCACCCUGUCUUCCACAGAUAUCUAGACCAGUUUGUAGUAGUGUUUGUGGAUGACAUUCUUGUGUAUUCACGAUCUCGGGAGGAUCACGAGAUCCAUUUGAGGAUAGUGUUACAAAUGUUAAGAGAGCACCAUUUGUAUUCCAAGUAUUCAAAGUUUGAAUUUUGGCUACAAGAAGUGAAGUUUUUUGGACAUGUUGUUUUAGGUAAUGGUGUGUCAGUUUAUCCUUUGAAGAUAGAAGUGGUUCUAAAUUGGGAAUGUCCCAAGAAUAUGUUUGAGAUUCAAAGUUUUCAUGGCUUAGCGGGUUAUUACCACAGGUUCGUGAGAGACUUUUCUCGCUUAGCUAUUCCUAUAACUUGGUUAACUCGAAAGGGAAUCAGAUUUGAUUGGACUGAAGCUUAUGAGUCAUCUUUUAACGAGUUAAAAAUAAGAUUGACUACGACUCCAGUGUUGGUGGUGCCUGUGCAUAGCUUAGGUUAUGUUAUCUUCUGUGAUGCUUCUCGGGAUGGUUUAGGUUGUGUGUUGAUGCAGGGUGGUAAGGUAGUGGCUUAUGGAUCUAGACAGUUAAAGAUUCACUAG